AAUCAGUCUUUAUCUAUGAUUCCAAUUUCUAACGGUUCUCCGUCUGAAAUCAACGUAUUUUGAAGAUAUCCGUGAGUGUUUUUGGUGUUAUUAAACAAAAUCUGAAUAUGGCACAGACACGGUUGCAAAAAUCGAAUAAAAGCCAAAACAUUUUGGUGGCAGUUCGAGUUAGACCGUUUAGUAGCGAAGAGAAGUCCAGGAAAUUAAAGAAUAUCGUUAAUUGCGUUUCUAAACAUGAACUUCAAUGCAAAGACAAGAAAUACCGAUUUGAUCGAGUGUUCAAUUUCGAUAGUUCCCAAUUGGAUGUUUAUCGGUUUUCUGUAGCUCCCAUGGUCCGAGAUGUUCUUGCUGGCUAUAAUUGCACGGUUUUUGCAUAUGGUCAAACCGGAACAGGUAAAACACACACCAUGAUAGGCGACGCCUCGGAUUUAUCUUYCAAUCAAUCUUGGAGAGAGUUUGAAAUGGCUGKAUUUAUUCCAAGAGCUGCCGCAAACAUAUUUGAGGAACUKCUUAUAUUGAAAGUUCAUAAUUWUAAUGUAACGGUUUCAUUUCUUGAGUUAUACAAUGAAGACGUAAAAGAUUUGCUAAACGGAGAUUGUGACGUCCCWCCUUUGACYAUCUUCAACGAUUCUAAGGGUGCUGUGUGCAUUCAGAAYCUACAGUCAGUAUCAGUUUUUAAUAGUUCACAAAUUUUUAAUCUGCUUAAAGAUGGACUGUUAAAACGUCAAACAGCGUCGACGCUAAUGAACAAUCACAGUUCGCGAUCACAUGUGGUGUUUAYCAUCACUGUUCACACAAAGGAAACACUUGUCAAUGGCGAAGAAGUACUAAAAAUCGGCAAAUUGAACCUUGUAGAUUUAGCUGGAAGUGAAAAUAUUGCCAAGUCGGGAGCGAAAGAUAAGCGGGCUCAGGAGUCCGCAAAUAUCAACAAGUCGUUGUUAACUUUAGGAAGAGUUAUACAAAUUCUUUCCGAAAGUAAUAGCAAACAUGUCCCUUAUCGAGAUUCAAAACUUACAAGAAUACUGCAGGAUAGUUUGGGUGGUCAUACGAAGACUUGUAUGGUAGCAACUGUGGCUCCUUCUAAUGCUUCUCAUGAAGAAACUCAGAACACUUUAGAAUAUGCAAGUAGAGCGCGAGAUGUAAAAAAUACUCCAAUGGUUAAUGAAAAAAUAACCAAAGCGCAGAUGAUUAACGAAAUGUCUAUAGAAAUUGAAAGAUUGAAAAGAGAUUUAGAUGCUACCAGGCGUAAACAUGGAAUCUUCGUUGAUCCUGAAAAUUGGAAGGACAUCACUUCUCGUCUUGAAACGGAUGAUCGUACUUUAAUUGCCUGUACUGACAUCAUACAUAAUUUGCGAGAUAAAAUUUCAGAUUUGGAAGCGAUUCGUGAAUUUAAAAAGCAACAAUAUGAGGAAAUCAUAAGACAAUGUAAAUAUAGGGAUAAUUUGAUUAAGAAGGCGAAAGAUUGUUUGAAAGAUAACUGUAUUUCCCUUAAGAAAGAGCAAUAUUUAUCAAAGUGCUAUGCAGAAGCAGCUGAUGAGCAAGAUGCCAAAGUCAAUGAACUAUUGGAUAUUACAAAGGAUUACGCCAGAUGCCAAGACGUUUUACAUCAAAAACUGGAACAUCAGUAUUUCAAUAACAUGUGCAAUGAAAAUUUAAUAACAGAAAAAGUAAAUGCCCUCAGUAAUAAUUGUAAUUUAGGGUUGGCUGCUUUAAAUAAUUUCCAAGAUGGUGCACUAGCAGUUUUACAUGGGCAAAAUAAUGAUAUUAGUUAUGUUGACAAUAUUUGGCAGAACUACGAAGAAGCUUUAAAAACAUCUGAAGAAAAUGGCGAAAGUUUCAAGUCAAUUUUCCAAAAACACUCAUUGCCUUAUAUACAACAGUCUUUGCAUCUCGAAAAUAAACCGUUAUCUACCGGUUUUAAUGAGGAACUUGAUCAUGCUAUUGAUCGCAUUCAGAACAGUACUAUACUUAACCAUUUUUACGAAUAUGACAAAUUCAACGCCAAAACUGCUGAUAAGAUUACGAACACCCUAACUAACUUAUCUCAAAUCUUGUUAGCUGGCAAAAGAAGAAAAGAAAUACUUCAAAAAGAAUUCGAUUUAGAUAUAAAGGAUGAAGCUGAUGGUAUAUUGAAAGAUGUUGAAACAGCCAGUCACUUCUGCAUAAAUCAGAAUAAUUUGAUCGAAGAGAAGAAAACCCAGCUUGCUACCGAUUUUAUUGAUACCAAACACGAAUUUUCAACAUUGGUUAACAAUAGUAAAUCUCAACUGAAAUUGAAUGUAGAGAUUUGUGAAAAACAGAGAAAUGAAUUGUUGCACGAAACUCAUAGAAAAAUCGAAGAAGACUUAAAAAUACAGUUAAACAGUCAACUAAGUAACAAAUUGGUCUUCAUUGAAGACCAUAAAAAGAGAAUAAGUUUGAUUCAAGGUGAAACUGAAGAAUUGCGUGGUCACAUCGAAACAAAUACCUUAAAAUUGAAUAGUAUUUUGCAAGCUAUUGAGGGUAUUGGCAAAACUAUGUCUACACAAGUAGCUAAAUCACAACGUGUAGGCGAUACUCCCAAUAAGAGGAGGUUGAGCUUCACUGCAUAUCGAUCUAACGGAACUCUACCUAGAGACAUUCUAAUCAAUAGGUUUAAAGAGGAAUUUUCUGAGGAGAUUGAAACGGAACCUUCUGGCUUAAAUGCAUUCUUUGACUCAAAAGACUACAACAAUACAUACGAGGUUGAGACAGGUGCAAAAGAUGAUAACAGUCCGCCGCAGAAUAGUUCCUUAUAUUGAUGUUGCUUUUCACUACUUUUAUGAAAUAAAGUUGAUUUUUUUGUUC